CUACGUUUAUCACACCCUGCAGUGAGCACUGAAUGACCUGCUGCAGUACACAAGAGAAAGAUAUACAGUAGGGAAAGACUCCUUGCUUUGGUACUAAAUAUUGAGGUAUACUUAUGGCUAUGACAGUGACCUGGAUGUGUCUCAUUGUGCUUGCCACAUGCAGAGAAGCCACUGCUGCAGAGGGAUUUGCAGUGCAGACUCCAGAGAAGUCCGUCUCAGCUCCGUACGGCUCCUCCGUCACUCUGCCCUGUGGAAUCUCUCCAGCCACCAGUGCAGUGGAUCUGGAGGUGCGCUGGCACCGACCCAAUGGGUUCAACACGCCGGUUCUGCUCUACAAGAACAAAGCGAUCCAGGAUCAGGCUGCAGACCCUCAGUACAGGGGCAGAGUGUCUCUGACUGGGCAGCUGGAGAAGGGGAACGUGUCCCUGAGGCUGGAGAACUCAACGCUGGCAGACCGAGGAGAGUUUGUGUGCUACAUCAAGAGUCCCGUAUGGUAUGACACGGCUGCAGUGAACCUGACAUUAAGAGUGGUGGGGUCUGCUCUGGACCUGUCUAUAACUGAGACAGGUGAAGGACAGGUGAAUGUUACCUGUGCAUCAGCCGGUUGGUCUCCAGAGCCUGAGCUCAUCUGGACACAUGGAGAGGGGGGGGAAGUCUCUGCGCACCGCAGAGAGCUUUCUACAGAUGAUGCUGGUUUAAUGGGAGUGAGUUCCUGGCUGCUCUACUCUUCCUCUGAGUCAGAGUGGCUCUCCUGCUCUGUGGGUGUGUCUGAUCAGGAGAGGAGAGAGGGCCGGAUCUUACCGUACAUCUCCAGAGGACAGACACCAGACACAGCAGCCCAGUCCGGUGAUUGGACUGCUGCCUUCUUUAUCACUCUGCUGCUCUUGUUGACUCUGCUGAUUGGGAUGUUUAUCCUGUUCAAAAAAGGUGUAAUCAGGUUCAAGCAUUCUGUCAAUUUACCACCACCAUUUGAGCGUUUUUUUGCCCCAUGGGUCAAGAGCGUUCAGAAUGAUGGAGAGAGCCCUGCAUGCAUUGGUGCAGAGUCUUUACUGCCUGAAGGUAACAUGGAAGUGAAGCAUGAAACAAGCAAGCAGACAAUGAAACAAGCAGACAAAACAACAAACACAGAAGUGACAGCAAUGGCAGAGAAGGACACAAACACAAUUGAUGUCCUCCUUCUGACACCAGUUAAGAGCAUCAGUAUGGACACCAACACUAUCCCUCCCUUUCUGGAGGUGAACGAUUUGGGGAAAAACAAAGAAGUGAUGUGUCCUGAUCCUCUGAAAGUCCAGGCCCAUGUGAACAGGUCACACCAUGUUCUAUGUGUGGAGAGAUUCAGCUCAGGACAGCACUGCUGGGGGGUGAAGAUUUGGGAGAAGGAUAUAAUAAAGCCCAAUGACAAAAAAAGAGAGAAGCAGUCGUGGUAUGUGGGGGUGUGCAGUGACACAGCAGAGCGCAUUAAAAAAGUCCCUUUAACCCCAAGGAACGGCUUCUGGGUUCUUCAGUAUGAGAAAGGAACUGGACUCUUUGCCAACACUGACCCUCCGACUCCAGUGCAGGUGUCAACAAUGUUUAAGAAGCUGGGGGUGUUUCUGGACUGUGACAAACACACUCUGUCCUUCUAUAAUGUCAAAACUAAAUCACACCUGUGCACCUUCGAUAAUGUGAGAGCUACCAAUGCUGACACUGAAUCACACCAGUGCACCUCUAAGAAUGUGAGACCUCCUAACAGCCUGAUUCCUCUGAUCAGUCCUGGAGUCAGAGACUCUUUGGUCAUGAGAAUACGCAGAGAUGUAGAGGAGAAAAAAGAGAAAGAUUAA